AUGGCGGAGGCUCUUGGUGUUGCCGCGAAUGUCAUUGCCGUCGUUGAUCUGUUCGUCAAGGUCGGCGUUCUGUGCUCCAUCUAUUGCACCAAUGUCAAAAAGGCUCCGCACGAUAUUCGAUCUCUCCUGAACGAAGCUGACAGGAUCUCAGCAACCUUGAAGGACGUGGAACGACUUCUUACCGGACCGAAUGGCGCGAAAAUAGCCGCGUCUGAAAACAUACGCUGUGGUAUCACGGACUGCCGAGCGCAGCUGUCAGAUCUGGCCACCAAGCUAGAAGCGGGCACAAUAUGGAACAAGAUGGCAUGGCCACUGAAGAAGGGGGAAGUAACCGAAAUUAUCAACAAUCUGGAACGAUGUCGAACCAACAUCUCCUUGGACCUACAGGUUUAUCAAACGGCAUUGCUUCUCGAUAUUCAUCAGGAGAUUGUCCUGGGAAAAUUGCGCACCGCGAAAGGAGCGACUUUUGAUGCUCGCGCCGAGGCCGACAACGCCAAGUGUUAUCCUGGCACUCGAGUCGACGUCCUCCAGAGGAUAGUAUCAUGGGGUACCGCUGAUGAUGGCGAAUGCAUCUUCUGGUUAAACGGUAUGGCCGGCACCGGCAAGUCUACAAUAUCUCGAACAGUAGCUCAAGCAUUCGCCGACAAUUGCAUGCUUGGAGCAAGUUUCUUCUUCAAGCGGGGCGAAGGUGACCGUGGCCGUGCGGCAUUCUUCUUCACUACGAUAGCUGCUCAGCUUGUUCGCAGGCUUCCCUCGAUAGCGCCCUUCGUCCGAGCGGAGAUCGAGGCAGAUCCUGCCAUCAACGAAAAGUCGGCGAAAGACCAGUUCCAUCAACUCAUUGCAGGCCCGAUAAAGAAACUGCGCGGGUACUUUCAGCAGCCAAGUAUGGUCAUUGUCGUCGAUGCUCUUGACGAGUGUGAUAAUGUCGAUCAUAUAAGGCUCAUCAUUCAGUUGCUAUCACAAGCGAAAGCCUUUAUAUCUGUCCGUCUGAGGUUUUUUGUCACGAGCAGGCCCGAGCUGCUCAUUAGACUCGGCUUCAAAGAUAUAAGUGGCAAGUAUGAAGACCUUGUUCUUCACCAGAUCCCAAAGCAUAUUAUCAAGCACGAUAUAAAUGCUUUCUUACAGCAUGAACUUGCCAUAAUUCGACAGGAUUUCAACAAGUCUGUUAUACCGAACCGGCAACUUCCAGCCGAUUGGCCGGGGACAGAAUGUGUCCAGAAGCUGGUUGACAUGGCUCUCCCAUUAUUCAUUUUCGCCGCAACCGUCUGCCGAUUCAUCCAGGACCGACGGGUCGGUGGACCGAAGGAACAGCUAGCAAGAGUUCUAGAGUACCAAUCAAGCUCAAGGUCGAAUCUGGAUGCGUCCUACCUGCCUGUGCUACAUCAGUUGCUGGGAAACCUCAAUGAACCAGAGACGCGCGAAGUCGCAGCACGAUUUAAGCAAAUUGUCGGGUCUAUCGUUGUUCUCGCCAGCCCGCUUUCGAAACCUGCCCUUGCCCGCCUCCUCGGAAUAUCUCUCGAUGUGAUCGAAGAUCAACUAGAUUUACUCCAUUCCGUUCUCAGCGUUCCCUCGGACCCAAAUACCCCCGUUCAGCUACUGCAUUUAUCUUUCCACGACUUCCUUAUCGACCCUGCAAAGGCCCGGAAACAAGACCAGUACCCAUUCUGGGUUGAUGAGCGACUUAAACAUGAACAAUUGGCGCUUCAAUGCUUGCACUUGCUAUCGACAGAUGACACUCUUAAGAGAGAUGUCUGCGGCCUGCGUCUGCCAGGGAGACCCCGGUCCGAGAUUGACCAGAAAGUCAUCAAUGCAAGGAUUCAGCCAGAGGUCCAGUACGCCUGUCAGUAUUGGGUCUACCACUGGAAAGAGAGCGGAACUAAGAUACGUGACGGUGACCCUGUCGAUCGAUUCUUAACAUGCCAUCUUCUACAUUGGUUCGAAGCCUUGAGUCUUCUAGGGCGUGUCCAGGAAAGCAUCGGUAUGGUGGACAACCUGUUGAGUUCGCUCGAUCCCAUAAACAGCAGCUACAUCUCACCGUUUAUUCGAGAUGCGCGGCGCGUCAUUCAAACUUACUGUUCGGUUGUCGACGUAUCCCCUCUUCAAAUAUACCAUUCAGCUAUCGUGUUUGCGCCAGAGCGGAGCAUUGCUCGAGUAACCUUCCGAGAACAAUUUCCGACUUAUCUGUCAACACUGCCGCAGGUAGAUCUUGACUGGAGCACGUACUUAGAGACCCUCGAAGGUGAUACCCAUGAUGUCAACGCUGCCGCAUUCUCGCACGAUUCGACAUUACUGGCUUCCGCAUCGGGAGAUCAUACCGUCAAGAUUUGGGACACCACUACAGGCACCUGUGCGGCAACUCUCACGGGUCAUACCGCCGGGGUUAGAUGGGCCAUAUUUUCUCACGACUCAACGAUGCUCGCAUCGGCAUCAGGGGAUCAUACGGUCAAGCUCUGGGAUAUCGCCUCAGGGACUUGUAUAUCGACUUUGAGGGGCCAUAGCAAUUACGUUGUCUCGGUUGCAUUCUCGCAAAACUCCACAAUUCUUGCUUCGGCGUCGUGGGAUCGCACCGUCAAGCUGUGGGAUGUUGCCAAGGGUGCCUGCACGGCAACUCUUGCAGAUCAUAGCAACCAUGUCGCCUCAGUUAAUUUUUCGCAUGAUUUGACUAUGCUUGCUUCCGCGUCGUGGGAUCAUACUAUUAAACUCUGGGAUGUCGUUACUAAAUCCUGCAAAGCAACAUUCACUGGCCAUAAUAACGGUGUCGUCUCAGCCAUGUUCUCCCAUGAUUCGAUGACACUUGUUUCGGCAUCGUGGGACCACACCAUCAAACUCUGGAAUGUUGGCACAGGCACCUGCACGGUAACACUCACGGGUCAUGACGCUGGUGUCAGGUCGGUUGCAUUCUCGCACGAUUCGACAAUGAUUGCAUCGGCAUCAGGAGACCACACCAUCAAACUUUGGGACAGUGCUACAGGUACCUGUACAGCAACGAUUAAAGGCCAUGAGGAUGGUGUUAGGUCGGCUAUGAUUUCCCAUGAUUCGACAAGGCUUGUUUCAGCAUCCUGGGAUCAAACCGUUAAAGUCUGGGAUAUCAUCACAGGAGAUUGCACGGCCACGUUUACCGGACAUAAUACCAGUGUUAGGUUGGUUGUGUUCUCAAACGAUUCGAAGAUACUAGCAUCAGUAUCGGGGCAUCACACUGUUAAAUUCUGGAACGUAAUUACAGGCAACUGUACGGCAACACUCGAAGGACAUUGCGGAUUCAUCAGUUCAAUCACAUUCUCACACCACUCUCAGAAGUUUGCGUCGGCGUCGUGGGAUCAUACUAUCAUGCUAUGGGACGUAGCAAGUGGUACGUGUACGGCGACGCUGAAGAUCGGCACAAUAAUUCACCACCUUGCCUUCGACAUAACCGACUCGUACCUAUGCACAGACAUCGGCACCUUUGGUCUGAACAGUUCAUUGCCAUUACCGACGGAGCCAUCGACCGCAGCAGCAUUAGCAGCAGUACCGACAACAGCGUCACUGCCGGUGAUGGCCACGCCGGUAGCCAGCCCGCUUACGCAAGCCAUCGAUUCCCAGGGUGCAGGGGUCAGCGCGGAUCGUAUGUGGGUUACUUGGAACUCGCACAGGAUAUUGUGGCUGCCGCCAGCAUACCGACCGGGAGCAUGGGCUGCAAAAGAACUGACAUUGGCCAUUGGAUGUCCGUCGGGACGAGUCGUCUUCGUGGAGUUUUCGUCCCACACUUCCCUGAUGUAG